AUGGCGCCCAUGUUCGGGAGCACUCAGCGCUGGGUACCGCCCAAGGUCUCGAAACCUGAACAACCGACCUUCGAGCCCGCACCAUCAAGCCCAUUCGGAGGCUCUCAGCGCUGGCAACCACCCAAGCCUUCACAGGCUACCACUAUCGGAGGCGCUCAGCGCUGGCAACCUCCUAAACCUUCGCCAUCAGAGUCUCCGAAGUCGACUCCCACAGCAGCAUCGCAACCCGAGGGGCGGAAGGAGGCUCAUGGCGCGAGUCUACCCAUUAUGCCCAAUGCUCAAGAGGAUGCGCCGCCGAAGCCACCCAAGAAGCCCAAGAAGCGGAAGCGUGAUUCGGACGCACAGCUCGAUCCGGAGCAUGAUGAAGCCGCCGCUACACCAAAGAAGCACAAGACCGUUUUAUCAAAGUUCGAGAAGGUUUCGCGCAAAGUCAAAAAGCAGCAUCAGCAGAAGCCGCAAGAUGAGUUGGAAAGUAAGCCAGAGGUAGUGCUUCGAGGCUUACAGCCUCUCCCUCAACCCGAACCUGUGCCCGAGCCCACAUUCAAGCCGACUUUCUCGGUCUUGCCAACAUGGCUGGCGCAGCCUAUCACUGUCGAAGCCUCCAAGCGCGUACCGUUUGAUCAACUGGGCGUGGAACCGACCUUUGUGAAGAAACUGGAGAAACAUGGAUAUACAGAGGCUCUGGCUGUGCAGUCUGUGCUUCUACCAAUGCUUCAACCCGGGUACGGACAACAUGUUGGAGACAUUUGUGUAUCGGCCAGGACAGGCUCUGGAAAGACAAUGGCAUAUCUUCUGCCUAUCACUGAAGCAUUAAGAGACCGGACUACCCCAGUGUUAUCUGCCAUCAUCGUUGUUCCGACGCGACAACUCGUAGAUCAAGCUCUGCAAGUCGCGGAAGAACUUUGUGCUGGUACCAAGAUCAAGGUUGGAACCGCUGUGGGAAGCGUUCCCUUUGCUACCGAGCAAAAGCAUUUGGUCAAAAUGCGAGCGCAGUACGAUCCCAAAAGAGCUGCACUCCUGCACGAGAAAGUCAGACAGCAGAGGGAAACUGGGUUCGUGGAGAAUCGCGGUUUAAUAGACGAUCUGAUGACACUGCCAGCCGACCAUGUGCCACGCUACGACUCCGGAAACGACAUUCUCAUAUGCACCCCUGGAAGAUUGGUCGAGCAUUUAGAAUCUACGACUGGAUUUCUGUUGCGCGGUAUCAGGUGGUUGGUCAUCGACGAAGCAGACCAGCUACUAAAUCAAAACUUUCAAGGCUGGUCGACAGUACUAAUGGAUGCUCUACAUGGCGAGACUCCGGCAGACAUGAUGGAUACGCAGGAACGGCUUCGAAGAGAAAGGCAACGUUUAGGACGUGGACCUCCUCUACCGUCUUCAUCUGCGCGCCGUGUCACUAAAGUCGUUCUUAGUGCUACCAUGGAGAAGAAUUUAACUAAGCUGGGGGCCUUAAGGCUCAAACGACCCAAACUGGUCCAUGUGCAAGACGAGCAUGAACAAUAUCUCGCCACGCCCGAGGGUGAUAGUUUUGACCUUCCAUCAACGCUGAGCGAGUUCGCCGUCCCGGUUGGCGAUGGACAGAAGAAGCCUCUCUACUUGUUGUACCUCUUGCUGACCUGUGUCUUCCCAUCUGUUAACGAAGACGGACACAAAGAGGCGAGUGACAGCGAGGACGAUGAAGACUCAUCGGAAGAUACAUCAGGUGAUUUAUCAAUCGAAGACAGCGAUUCUGAGAGCGAGGAGAAGCCUGCCGAGAAGCCUUCAAUUGCAAAGCACAAGAAUCGCGUCUUAAUCUUCACAAAGAGCAACGAAAGUGCAUCGCGUUUAUCACAUCUUCUAUCCGUUCUUGAACCGUCAUUCAAAGAGUAUCUCCAGACCAUGACCCCUUCGUCAACAGCCAAAGCAUCUAAAAAGCUACUGCGAUCAUUCAGUUCUGGUUCAGUCAAGAUAUUGGUUGCGUCUGACGCCGCAUCGCGCGGCCUAGACAUUCCUGACAUUACGCACGUCAUCAACUACGACAUCCCCCCUGGUGUCACUAAUUACGUUCAUCGCAUCGGUCGGACAGCGCGUGCAGGCAAACCCGGCGAGGCCUGGACUUUGGUCAUGAAGUCAGAGGCAGCGUGGUUCUGGAAACAACUUGCAAGAGGCGACAAUAUUAGAAGAGGAGACAAGAAGGUUACGCGUGUGGAAUGGAAAGAGCGCAACGUAGAGUACAACAGGAGAAGAACGUACGAGGCGGCUUUGGCCGAAUUGCAAGAAGCUGUUGCGGGCGCCGAUGGAUGCUGA